AUGGCAAAAGUGGUGAAUGGAGGCAAAAUGGACAAAUUCGUAAAUGGAAAGACAACUACCGAAGACAAAUCUCUUCUGAAGAAGAUAUACCAAUCCAUUGAACAGGAGACAUCAACUCCGAUAGAAACGAAGAUCAUAGGCAAAGUCCCGACGUGGUUGAAGGGAAAUCUCUUGCGCAAUGGACCGGGCAAAUUUGAGAUUGGCGAGGAUCGCGUGGAUCAUUUCUUCGAUGGCCUCUCUUUUCUUCAUCGAUUUAUCAUUGAGGAAGGAGGAAAGGUUAAAUACCAGGGGCGCUUUCUUAGGAGUGAUAUCUAUGAGAAGGCAUUGAAGCAUCAGCGGUUGACCUUUAACGGUUUCGGGACACCAGCCCGUCAUCCAGACCCCUGCAAGACCCUCUUCCAACGGAUAUUCUCCUACUUCAAGGUGGAACUUCCUGAUAACUGCAACGUGAACUGGCUGAAAGUUGGCGAUGAAUACUACACUAUGACCGAGACUCCGCUCAUCAAGAAAAUGAAUGUUGAUAAGCUCGAUGUCCUUGAUACUGUUAAUCUAGAAAAGAUAGUCGGAGUGCACACAGCUACCGCACACCCUCAUGUGGGACAUGAUGGAACAGUGUACAACCUCGGUACAGCCAUGUCUAGGCAAUGCAAGUACUGCAUAAUAAAGGUGCCACCUUCUAAUAACCAAAAUGAAGGUGAAGAUGCGAUCAGCUCAGCGUCUAUUCUCAGUAGCAUACCUGCUUCUUCGUACACUCCAACCUAUUACCACAGCUUUGGUAUCACGGAAAACUACAUCGUCUUUUUGGAACAGCCUCUUCACAUCAACAUGUUCAAAGUGUUCUUUGGUAGGUUCUUUAACAAACCUAUGUCUCACUGUAUGGACUACUACCCCGAUGCCAAGGCCCGUUUUCACCUGAUCCGUCGUGACGAUGGCACCGUCGUAGAGACACGCUACUUAGCCGAUGCAUUCUUCUGUUUCCAUCACUGCAAUGCUUACGAGACCAUUGACGGCAAGUACGUCGUUAUCGACAUGUGUUGUUUUGACGACGAUGCCGUCAUGAUGAGAGCCACUAUGGAGAGUGUGAGGAGAGGAGAUCUGAACGUCGAAGAUUGUUGGGUCAGGAGAUUCGUGCUCCCACUCGGCAAUCAAGAAAAGGUUGGUGAAAAUUUGGUAACCAUGGCCGGUUCAGAAGCAUCUGCAAAACUUAACGAUGAUGGUUCAAUCCACUGUGUUCCAGAACAACUUUGCGACAUCAAUUUGGAGUUACCUCAAGUGAACUAUGCCGACUACAACGGGCGUGAUUACACAUACUUGUAUGGCGUUGGUGGAACUAUGCAAACGCUGCAUAAGGUCAAUGUGAAGACACAUCAAGUUCAGACGUGGUCUAGCCCCGGCUGUUUCCCGUCUGAACCUAUCUUCGUUGGCGCUCCAUCAAAGGAAUCAGAAGAUGAUGGUGUAAUUCUAUCGUGCGUCACCAACCUCGCAGACGAUAAAGAACCCCCAUACUUGCUGGUACUCGAUGCCCGUACUUUCAAAGAAAUCGCCAGGGCUGUCAUUCCGGUACCCGUUAGCACAUUCGGCAUUCACGGAAUCUUCGUAUAAGAACCAUCCUAAGAUGUCCAAGAAAUCGCAGAGGAGCCAAAGAAAUCGCCUGUUUAUUGCCUUUAGAUUGUCUUAGACCCCUGUAACGUGAAACCGACAUUGGGCCACCUUUCCGCGAACCUAUACCCGAGACCACCUCCAGAGGUAGUCUCGGGCAGGCCCCGGUCUACCGAUUUUUAGAUGUAAACGCAAACCUUUCUCGAACCGUGCCUCGGUCCGUUCGCCAGCUGUCGCAAAUUAUGUCACAUCACCCAAAUUUCCAUAUAAAGGAGAGAGGAAUAGUGUAGCUCUACCCUUACGUCUGCGAUCCGAAGAGGGGAGGAAAAAUUAAUGGUAUGAUCAGAUGUAAACAGGCACAUUUUACGGACCAGGGGCUUUAUAAAAAAAAUGUACGUCCCUCCAUGCAUUAAAAAAAAACACUAAGUCAUUAAAAUUCUGUGACUGUCAUACAUGUAAUUACACUAAAUAACUUGAUGUAGAUGUAAUGAUUCCAUGAUAAUUGUUGAUUUCACUCUAUACAUGUAUAUGUAUGUAAUGUAUUAUUUUUUACUUUAUUGUUUUGUUACAUACAUUGAAUUGGUAUUGAUGUAGAGUUGUUUGUUAAACCAUGUAGCUAUAAAACUAGCUCCAUGUUUUAAAGCUCCAUGGUUAUACUGCAGGGCGCCUUUGGAAAGCAGUUUUGCGUGACUGAACAGGCCUAACCUGCAUUAAUAAAGAAAACCAAUAAAUAAAUAAAUAAAUAAAACACCCGCCAGGUCCGUUCGCGAAGCUAUUCCACUUAAUCCUCGUCAAGGUUGCAACUGGACUCGGGCCGGCCCCGGGUCACCGAUCUUUAAAUGUAAUCGGGGUCUAAAGACCCCAGUCGGACCCGAAAGUGAAAUUGACAUAGGCCUAUAUCAAUCGAAAGCUUAUGAACUUCCAAACACGUUAAAAAAGAAGCUCAAUAAAGACUGGUCGAAAUCCUUUCAUUUUAGUUUUUUAAAUAGAUACUCAGUCAUGUCAGUGGUCAAGCGAUGAAUAUACAUAAACGUUGUACAAGGUAGCUCAAAUAGCUCUCAUUUGUCGAUAACACCAUUGACUCCAGUCUGGGUCUUCAAGAUUAUAAGUUGCCAUCGGCUAAGUAAAAAAAAGUUGUCAGUGUGAAUGGUUUCAAAUGAGAAUGUAGGCGAGAUCUUCGUUACGUAACCAUUUGGGGUUGAUCAGAUUCGACGAAGUAGCUGUUUCGACUUACUCUCAAUCGUACAUAAAUUAUUUAAUGAAUAAUAUUCAUAUAAUUGACAUUAUAUAUAUUGGCAUAUUUAUUCGUGUAUAUAUCGAAUGCAAUGCUAAAAUUUUCUAUAAUUGUUGUAUUAUCAAUAUUGCAUUUUGUUGUAAAAAACCAAUGCACAUAAAAUGACGCAAAAUGUAUGUUAUUGGCUACUUUAUCCUGGAUUGUGUGAAACCUACAUGUACGUUCGUUGUCAAUAUAUUGUCGAUAUGCCAUUUAAACACGAUGAAAUCAUAUUUUGCCUACUUAAUUUUUUGAGAAAGUUUUAUUUAUGCUGUUAUAUUUUGUGGUUAUUUUAUAGUCAUUUAUUCCAAGAAUUAUCAACAUGAAAAUAUUCCAAGGUAAAGGUUGAUAUACAUCGUACAAAUAGAGAUGGCACAAAUGAAUAAUUAAAAUUCAGCCUUAUUUUUUUAUGUGUUCUUCAAGAUCACAAAUAGCACAAAGAAGACACUAUUCCAGAUUCUGGAUUUGUAUAAUCCAGACACUGUAUAUACCUGUCGUUUUAAUUCAAUUCUCUCUUCUUAAUUCUUAUGUGGAGGAACGAAUGGAAUUAUUCCUCAAAGCUCUCUCUCUUGCCCGAUUUCGUUCCUUUAAAAAGAAAACCUGGGGCGUUGUUCCCACCUUGCGGUCACACACUCCUGAUAAUUGUUUUUAAUGCAUAGAAUUAUGGUGAAAUGUGAUUUGGUUAGUUUUGUCAAUAUGUUGUUUAUUUGUUGAUGUAUAGUUUCGAAUAAUAAUACUGUGUGCAGUGCGAAAACGAA